AUGUGGGACGUUGUAUCGCAGGUCGGCCGGGCGGCGUACCGCACGGCGGCGAAGACGGGCCUCGCGGCGGGGACGGAGCAGCCGCCGUAUCCCUGCGCCCUCCCGCUGCAGCGCCUCGAGGACGCCAGCGACACCCAACGCGUGCAGGAACUCCUCACUGGCAUCUUCACAGCCGCCAAGGAUCUUCUCGAGAACGACGCCGAGCACCGCUGGCACCUUGUCGACUACCAGGACCCAGACAAGGGCGGAGAUCUCCAUCUCUUCACACGCCCACAUAUUGGACCCUUCAACUUUGCAAAAGCCACCGUUUCCUUCAUGGGUGUCACCCCACAGCAGGUCCUCGACACCAUGCAUGGAGACAAUCCAGAGAGCCGAAAGAAGUACUCCGCGAACCUCUCUACAUUUGAGAUUCUCGCAAGACCAACUCCAACCUCAAACAUUCAAUACCACGAAUAUUGGGCACCUCCCCCAGUCUCAGGACGCGAAUUUGUCUUCCUCGCAGAACAGAAAUAUGUGGAACAAGAUGAUGUAUACUAUGUAUAUGGUUGUAGCAUUGAUUACGCACCACGCGAAAAGAAGUCCAACAACCAUGUACGUGCCUCAUGCCUUUGGGGAUGGGAACUUACUCCUAUCGGUAAUAACACCAUGGCCACCUAUGUGAGCUGCAUGAACCCGCGCGGAUGGACACCAACGUUCAUUAUGGGAUGGCUCAAGUCUGAGAUUGGGAAGGAGUUGGUCUCCUGCCGACGCGUACUAUAUGGAGAGGCGGUCAAUCUGGAACGAACUGAAGUGGAAAGGAAUGAAAAUGACGGUCUUGAUGCUCGUGAUAUUAUGGAGGAGGGGGAGGAGAACGAAGAGAAUGUGGAACUGAAUCCCGUGGGUGAAAAUGUACACUGCCAUUGA